UAUUAACAUGAUCACGACAUUUAUCAUAAGUGCAAGGUAACUCGAAAAUCCAAAAUCAAACCUAUUCAAGCCCAUUCUCUUUCCCUUUGAGCUAUACCCCAGAUAGAUCAUCCAGGAGCCAAAAUGCCUCGCAUACUCGUGGUAGGGGCAACGCGCGGAUUGGGCGCAAGCCUGGUGAAGCACUACACCUCGUCGUCCAGCGCAACGGUGUACGCUACGGCAAGAUCAAGCUCUCACACUCAGGACUUUCCGGACAAUGCCAAAUGGCUCACAGGCGUCGACUUGACCAAGCGAGAUGUGGGCGACGCCAUCGUAAAGCAACUGCCGAAUGGUGGCGAGGCACUGGAUGUUGCGAUCAUUUCUGCCGGUCAUUUCACGACGGAGGAUUUCAAAGAUGGGCCUAAUUGGGACGAACAGCAGCUCAUGUACACCACUUGCGCCAUCGCCCCGGUCUUCAUCGUCCAGAGACUGGCCAAUGCCGGUCUGCUCGCUUCAGGGUCCAAAGUGCUCUUGGUCUCGUCCGAGGCCGGCAGCAUCGCUCUACGCCACGAGAGCGAGGGAGGCGGCAACUAUGGUCAUCACGCUGGCAAGGCGGCGCUGAACAUGGCUGGAAAGCUGCUCAGCCUGGAUCUGAAAGAACAGGGCAUCGUGGUGAGCCUGGUGCAUCCGGGGUUCAUGAGGACGGACAUGACCAGGAAUGUGGGGUUCGACAAGUACUGGGAUGCUGGAGGCGCUAUCUCACCCGAUGAAGCGGCUCAGCGUCUGGGGCAGUGGGUAGAGGAGCUCGACAUGUCCAAAACAGGUGAGUUUUGGGCACCCGGUGGUGCUGAGGAUAUUGGCACCGCUGAAGCGGUUCUGGGCUCUGAUCUCCCCAAACCAUUGAGGUUGCCGUGGUAGAUUUUGUUGACCGAGGCCGUGAGUGAUCCUUGCGCGUUGUGGGCGCUUUAAUGACGGACGGGGUAGACGGACGGGGUGGAUACGUGACCUCAUUCAGGGUCCUCGAGAAAAAGGGGUGAAGGAGGGGCCAAGGACCCCAUAUUAUACAUGUCCCGCAACCGUCGACUUUGAAAUUAAUUACCAGGCCUCCAUCUGAUAAUAUCGCCCGGACUCUGCUUGGUGAUAAAGUUUCCCAUCUCCUACGUACCCGGGACUUCUCUCUGCUGAACC